GAAAAGUGGCAAGUUGGACGUGUGACGACGAAGCAGUGGAGAAGUUACACAAUAUAACCAAAAACGUUAAUAAAUCAAGUUUUUUGCCUAUAGUCUGUUAGUGAAAUUUAAAGUGUAUAGUGGCUAGCUGUUUCUGCGAGCUCAAGCUGAUACCUAGUUCGGGAAAAUAUUAGGAAUAGGUCCAUAUCAUCACAAAAGAAAUUAGCAGGCUUGCUAGUCGAGCUAGCCAACAGCAGCGUUUGCUUGUUACCUCGCGAUAAAACCAUAACUUAGGUUUCCGACAAGGCGAAAUCACUUACGAAGUUCUGUGAGUAACUUCGAACAGAUUAAGUAAAAGUUCACGGUAUAUUCAAAAAGUCAGAUAAUUGAGUUAUUUGAAGUUGUGAAGUGUGGUCGGUUUGCAGAGGCUUCCACUAAGGAUGUCUUGUAGAAGUGGAGUUGGCAGGGGGGGCACCUCGGGUGUUCAACCCCUCAAAGCCACAGUCCCCUUCCAGCUACACAACAAAGCCCAGCCGCGUCCGAGGGAUGCCAAGACAGCUGAGAAGACCAAGUCACGGCCUCCGAAACCGAGCAUUCGCCGGACCCUGUCUCUGGACAACAUGGUGGGCCCCUACCUGCAGGGCCAGUGGCCCAAGGAGCCGCACCAGGCAGCCUCCUGCGUCAACGACAAAGCCACUCAGACGCCCAGCACCUGGUCGGACGAGUCGCGGGGCCGGAGGGCGGGCGUGGGCCACAAGCGCUCGGCAUCCUGGGGCAGCGCGGAGCACCUGAAGGACAUCGCCAAACUCAAACACCACCUGCAGAAGCGCUCCAAGCACGGGGUCCCAUCGGGCCACGGGCGGGACCCCCAGCAGCAGCAGCAGCACCCCCCGCCCGCGGGCCACGCCCUGGGGGCCACGCAGACGAUGCCCCUCACACCCCUGUGCCGAGUGACCCCCCGCCUGCGCCACAGUGUGGAGGGUUUGAACCUGGAGCUGGAGAGGGUGUUUGUGCACGAGAGCCCUGCAGAGCGACCGCAGAUCCUGGACGUCCCGGACGGCCACAGAGCCCCGGUGCCCGCCCAGAGGUGCAGCAGCGACUCGCAGAGCGACCCCUCGCCCGCACUCCUCUCUCCUCCCCCCUCCCCCUGCUCUGCGGGGGAAACAGCGGACACGGCGGACUCCGGGACCCUGUGCUCCUCCCCCUCGCCCCCCCCGGGCAGCGCCGGGCCCUCCCCCUGCUCCCCGCGUCCCCGCAAGACCUGCAGCUUCCAGAGGGAGCCGCCCGAGGGCUGCGAGAGAGUGCGCGUGUGUGAGGAAGCGCUCUCUCCGUGUGAGGGCCAGGCUGCCCCACGCCCCUCCUGCCCCGACCCCAACAAGGUAAACUUCACUCCCCACGGAGGCUCCGCCUUCUGCCCCGUCAGCCUGCUCAAGCCCCUCCUCCCCUCCAUGGACAUCCUGUUCCGCAGCCUAUCGGUGUCCCCCGUCGCCGCCCGCCCGGGGCAGGGCGGGGCUCCCGCGGUGGGCGGGUACCUGGGAGCCCUCCCGGACUCUGCCACCACCGCCAUGUGAUUGGGGAGCGGAGCGGAGGAGGCGGAGACUGUGAAACAGCCACCGGCUCUCCCGUCUUUCGGCGAGGAUUUUCCCCCCAAAUGGAGGAAGAACCCCAAAUCGAUCCACAAAAAAAAGUGCUUCUCCCACCUCUGUGCAGAUUCUGAGUCAAAACUGCUUUGGUCUCUCUCUGUGUUUACGUCAGUACGAAGACUCACUCCCUCUGGGUGCUCACACACCCCACCUGCUGGACAGUAGGAACACUGACAUCUCACAUGAGGACCACUGAAGGACCUAUCGCAUUGCAGCUGUGCCUGUGACACCAGGACUAAAGGACCUAUUGCCUCGUAGGCAAGCCUAUCACAUGACGGCUAAAGGACCUAUCGCAUCACAGACUGUGCCUGUGCGUCACACUGUACACACUGUUUGUUGGCUUUGUGCACGAAGCCAGGCGUCACAUCUUUCAAUGAGAAAAAUGAAACUUCACUGUGUUUUGUAUGUUAGCCUGAUA